AUGAGUGGCGCGGGUUACAAUGAUCCCGAAAAGCUGAGAGCUGCCAGGGAGCUGGCUAUGUCGUUUGGUAAUUCUAGCCAGCCCAGAGGCGGCGGCGGCGGCGGUGGUGGCAGUAGACAGAGACAGGGUAAUGACUUUGGAAACAGAGCACCUCGGGAGAGGUACAACUACAACUCUCCCCCUCCCCCUCCCCCUCCUACGGUCGUCUCUAACAUUCCACCUCCAAGUCGGCGCAACUACACAGACACCCUAGUCUCUAGUAACGUGAGACGUACUCCUGGCCAGCGCUUGGGAUCUUCUACCAUUGAUUUUCUGAACCGUCGAACACCGACUCCCCAACCGACCCCCCAGCCCACAUCGGCAAAUCAACUUCAAGAACCUCCCAACCAAAGCGCCAUGGCAGUCGUGCCCCCAAGUGUGACCAACAAACCAGUCAACAGCGUUGCUCAAGGGCAAAACGGGACUGAUGUCUCGGGCAACGAGAACCGCACUACCGCCCCAGCUCGAGCUGACGAGGGCCGCUUGGUAGACAUUCAAGCAGAGACCACAAUGGCCAUGGGGACUGAGAGUAGCCAGCCCAAAACCAACAGGCCUAUGAGUGCAGCCCCAGAACAGGCUCAAGCCCUUGUCCCUGGAAGCCUUCAGAACAACAACAUUGCUAGCACUUGGGCCGCAUCCUACAACGAUUCUUCUGACGAAGAGGAAGAGGAAGAAGAAGGGGAGAUCUUUGAAAGACCCAAGGCAGAGCCUUCCAGAAAGGAUGUACCAAGUCUUCCAAAGGCAGACGACGAGGACCUCAUCAUGAUAUCCCCGGACCAGAAGCCCAACACUCUCUACACUGAGGACAUUUCAAAGUCUCCACUUACGUCAACUGGAACUGCGAAUGGAAUUUCAGUCCAGAAAGUUCGAAAGAACAUUGUCCCACCUCUUCAGCAGAACGGGCGCGGACCGGUUGAGGGGUCUUCUGCUAUCAACCAGACCUCACGAGAUCAGACUCGAGGACCUACGAAUGGUCAUGUAUUGGUGCAACCUCACCUCGAUACUCCCCAUCACGUUCAGGCUUCUCCCAUGCAGUUCCCUGCAACACCAAUGACACCUGGCCCAAGUCAAUCAUUCCAAGCUGGCGAGAACAAGACCGCCGCGCCUACUGAGAAACAGAAGGCCCCCCGGAAAACUCUAGGUCUCAAGUCCUCGAUGUGGGCUUCCUAA